AUGAGAAUCGGAGUCGCACCAGCAAGCACUCGGACGUGCACCGCUGCCAUUCGUUCCCUUCUAGAGCAGUCUUCCAACUCUGGCAGUUCAAUUGAAGUCAGGGCCUGGUACAGGGACACAGCUAAAGCGCCCUCCGAGUUUCUUUCGCACGCCAACUUCGAGGCAGUGCAGGGCGAUGUUUCUGACGCCUCCUCCCUCGAUUUUGAUGGUUGUGACGUGAUACUCACCGUUCCUCCUCCGUUCUUCACGCAUGAGGAUAUGGUCGCGUUGACGGAAAAUCUGAGCCGCAACAUCAAGAGUGCCAUUGAGAAGUCGACCACUGUGAAGCGGCUUGUUAUGCUAAGCAGCAUGGGUGCACAUCUGUAUGAUGGCGUGGGAGAAAUCAAAACGAAGACGGCAGCAGAGCGGAUUCUGGUCGAGACAAAGGUUCCAAGAAUCACUAUUAUUCGUCCUGCCUACUUCAUUGAAAACUGGGCUACUCAGUAUCCCACUCUCAAGGCCCAAAAGCCCUCUUUGGUAUCAUAUAUAACCCCCUCUGACUGGAAGCUUGAGAUGGUUUCUAUCAAGGACGUCGGCAAGGCUGCGGCAAAGGAAGCGACAACAGAUGCUCCUCAACCGACCCCGGUCCACAUCUACGAACUUCAGGGGGCUCAGAAAGAAGGAUACUCUUCCCUCGAAGUGCGAGAUGCGAUAGCCAAGAUACUUGGGAAGGAGGUUAACCUGCAGCUGAUCGAGAAAUCCAAGCUUCCUGAGUUUUUCGGGGCGUUUCUGCCUUCCGGGUGUGUCAAUGAGUUUGUGGAAAUGGCAUCAAGCUUUCUUCCAGGGGGGGCACUGAACGUUAGCCCUGACCCUCAGGCCAACGUAGUCCAUGGAGAGAUCAGCUUAGAGUCUGCAUUGGAGGAGGCAAUCCGUGAGCAGGAAAGGAUUAGCGGAAGUAGCGCUUAG